AGGAAGUGGAGCUGGGUUCCUGUUUACUUCAGUUUGAGCUUUUUGGGGUUCAGAGAGGGAACAAAGAGCUGCACGUGAUGGCCACGGGGCAGGGAUUGCUCCAGGGAAAAGGGACAGAGCAGGAAUUGGAGGCUGGAGGCAGUGAAGGGCCAAGAGGAGCAGAGCUUCCCUUAGAGGCACAAAUCACCGGAGAGAUCGGCUUCUGCCCAUCCCGGGAGCGCUCCUGGCCUGCCCAUGGCUAGCAACAACACUGCUAGCAUAGCACAAGCCCGCAAGCUGGUGGAGCAGCUGAAGAUGGAGGCCAACAUCGACAGGAUAAAGGUGUCCAAAGCAGCAGCAGACCUGAUGGCGUACUGCGAAGCCCACGCCAAGGAGGACCCUCUAUUGACCCCUGUCCCGGCCUCAGAAAACCCCUUUAGAGAGAAGAAGUUCUUCUGUGUGAUCUUGUAAACCCUGGAGGAGCCUGACGGGCACUCAGGCCACCCUGAACACUGAUGUAGAGUUUUUAGGAAUGGGGAUGACCUGCUGGUCGGCAGAAUUUAAACAAAAAUAAGUUAAAAAAACACGGCCUGGAAGCUACAGAGAUGUGCAUGUUUAAAGAACCUGGCCACCUUUGGGGGAAUCAGAUGAUCUGCAUUGCCAGGCAAAAGAUCUGAAGUCUGUAGAGUUGCCUAGAAAGAGAAAAACAAACAAACCAACAAACAAACAAACAAAAAAACCACAAAAACCCCGUGUAAAGAAUAAAUCUGUGUCACUUUUCUGCUCACAAAAUUGUUCGAUUGUCCCACAUUUAAAGCACCAGAGCUGUGCUGAGCAAAGUUAACUGCUAAGGAUGUGUAAAAAACCUUCUUGGAAUGAUGUUGUUGGUUUCUUUCCAAGCUAAUAAUUUUGAUUUGUCGGAUAUAUAGCGACAGGUUCGGUGGCUGUGCUGUUACUCAAUGUUUGGUCUUGUGCUUUUUUCAUUUCUGGCUGUAGCGUAGCAGGGGAGGGGUCCAGGGGACAGCGGCAGCUCCGUGUCCCCAGCAAACCCCGCUUUUUUACCAUUCUCUCUAUGGUUAGCUUUGGUUCUGCAAGUAAAAGUGAUUCCUGUGUCGUGCUUGGUGCUUCAUGGCCCUGUGAUGACAUUCAGUGGUAGUGCAUGAGAGUUUAAUUCCGUUCAUCCGCUCCAGACUUUGCUUUUCUAGCGUUUGGCACCACGUGCUGGUGGAAGGAGCCGUAGGGAGGAGACAGAGGCGAUUCUGAAAGCAAAGAGAGCUCCUGAGAUGCCUUAGACGUGCCUGAAAUACCUCCUGCCCUAGGGCAGGUGCCAGCCCGGGCGCAGGGCGAGCCAGAAAUCCCAAAAUCAAAGUCGACCACUUCUUUCCGGGUCUUUCCUUUCUCCUACACCUCCGUGCCUCUGCCCUCCUCGCUCGGUCCCGCUCUUUUCCCCCGUUCCUGGUAGCGUUUCCUUCCCUUGGGGAUGGUCUGGAAUGUUGCUGGCGUGUUGUUCAGUGCUGGGAUGCUGCUUUGUGGUGGAAUGCUGCGUCGGGGUGGGGUACAGCCCCAUGGUGGGAUGCUGCUCCUCCAUGGGAUGCUGUCCCACCAUGGGGAUGCUGUCCCACCAUGGGAUGCUGCUCCAUGGUGAGAUGUUGCUCCAUGGUGGGAUGCUGCUCCACCAUGGAAAGCUGCUCCAUGACGGGAUACAGCUCCAUGGUGGGAUGCUGCUCCACCACGGAAUGCUGCUCCUCCAUGGAAUGCUGCUCCAUGGUGGGAUGCUGUUCCAUGGUGGGAUGCUGCUUCCCCAUGGGAUGCUGCUUCUCCAUGGGAUGUUGCUCCAUGGUGGGAUGCUCUUCCAUGGUGGGAUGUUACUCCACCAUGGAAUGCUUCCCCAUGGUGGGAUGCUGCUCCACCAUGGGAUGCUGCUCCACCAUGGAAUGUUGCUCCUCCAUGGAAUGUUGCUCCCAUGGUGGGAUGCUGCCCCAUGGUGGGAUGCUGCUCCUCCAUGGUGAGAUGUUGCUCCAUGGUGGGAUGCUGCUCCACCAUGGAAUGCUGCUCCUCCAUGGGAUGUUGCUCCAUGGUGGGAUACAGCCCCAUGGUGGGAUGUUACUCCAAAACGGGAUGCUACUCCAUAGAGGGAUUCUGCCCCUCCAUGGAAUGCUGCCCCUCCAUGGUGGGAUACAGCUCCAUGGCAGGACACUGCUCCUCCAUGGGAUGCUGUCCCACCACGGGAUGCUGUCCCACCAUGGGAUGCUGUCCCACCACGGGAUGCUGUCCCACCAUGGGAUGCUGUCCCACCAUGGGAUGCUGCUUUACGUUGGGAUGUUCCCUCCCUUUCCUGCCCCCCACCUCCUCUCCCAUUCCCAUUCCCACUGCCCCCUCACCCCAUUGGGAAGGGCCAGGGGAGCAGCCCUGGGAGCCGUGGGGCUGCCCCUUCCCAGAGGUGCCUGAUUCCCUGUUUACACACGGCCUGGGCUCCGUGCCAGGCUGGGGAGUUACUCCCAGGUCUGCUUCAUCUUCUCCCGGCUCUCGGGGGACACACGCCACCUUUCUGGGCUCCUCCUGGGGCCCACGCUUUUGUGGAUGUGGCUUGUCUCUCCUUCCUGCUGCUAAACACCUCCUGGCUUUCCCCUGCCCAUCUGUCCUCCUGGGAAACAUUGGGAAUCGUCACUCUGGGAAUCACAACGUGGGGAUUUAUGUACAAAACGAGCUGGGUGUCACAAAGGGGUCUGGGGGUCUGCGCUGACCCCGCUGAACCGCUUCUGAAUCAGGUGCGAGCUUAAAAAUCCCUGUGGAUCCGGGAGGGCAAAAGUCUUUCUGUACCUUUUGGUAACUCUUUCUAGCCCGUGAAAAAUAGUGCUUUUUUUGGUUUUUCUACCUUUUCAUACUCUUUUUCUAGUUCUUCUACAGAGAAGGCCAGUUCUUCUCGCUGGACUCCAAACUUUUGGCACCUGGGAAUGUUUAUAAACCACGAGUAGCCUAGAUGGUCCCAGCCCCCACUAAUUCCCCCAAUUUUGAUCUUUUUACUACAGCUCCCGUAGCUUUAGGAUGAGGGGUGGAUGAAGUGGUUUUCUCUGCAGCUGGUUUCACUCUUGGUGUUACCAGGCAGAGAUGUAAAAACCCCAUCCUGAGUUUUAUCUUUUCUUUUUAAUCAGAUUUGUUGUCACAGAGAGAGCGAAGCGCAGCCGGUCUGACCCGGGGCUCCCACCCCACCCCUUCUCAAACACCCUCACAAAAGUGAUUUGUAAUAAAUUUUUUUAAUGACUUGCCUGUUUUACAACUCGAAUUCUUAAUAACUUAGACGACAAAAUAAACCUGCAUGAGUAGGGGGGAGCGGGGAGGGGGAAGAUUUUCAAUUAACCCAAACUACUCAUUGAAGGUGUUUUACGUUGCUGGCCUUGAUUUCCUGUUGGUUUUGCUGUUGCCAUUGGUGUGCUGCCAGCUAUUUCCCCCCCAGUAUUUCUAUUUACACAGAUCUGCCUUUGUUAGCCUGCCAAGGUGGUUUCCCCUCCCCAAAACAAAAAAAAUCCCACCCAUCCCUCCAUCCCCAUGCUGGAUUUCCAGCCUGGUCUCAAAGGACAUUCCACUGCCCCCAAGGCUUUUAAAGAAAAUAAAAUCUGGAGUACUGGAAAAAAGGACUUUUAUUGUCUGCAAAGGUUGCUGGUGGCGAGUCUGUCCAUGGGUUGCCAUCCUGCCAGCAGCAGGAUUUUGGGGAGGGGGUGGUUGUAGGCGAAAGCCAGUCGUGGUGUAGCGCAUCCCCAUCCCACAUGGUCUGUGUACUCGUUGGAAAUAAACUUUUUGGAUUUGUUUCAA